AUGGUUGCUAAUUUUAUGAUUCGAACGUUAACUGCAUCAAUCACAGACCAUAAAAGUACCCAAAUUCGAUUGGGUUCUCUGCUGCAACACAAACACAAUGCUUUUCUUUUAUUCUUCAAUUCCUUCACUUCAAGCACCUCUACUGCUUCUGAAUCAGAAGGAAACCACCACAAAGGUGACGCAUUUACCGUGUCUUACCUCAUCAACUCGUGUGGGGUAUCCCCAACACUGGCCAGAAAACUCUCCCACAGGGUCAAUUUGAAAACCCCAGAUGGCCCAAAUGCUGUGAUUGAUCUUCUCAGCAACUAUGGGUUCUCCAAGUCCCAGCUUGCAAAACUUGUGGAGAUUCAUCCCACAUUGCUUUCUACAAAUGCUGAGAAUACCCUUUUGCCUAAACUCAAGUUCUUCCGUUCUAUUGGGGUUUCGGACACUGACAUGCCUAAGAUCCUAAUUGCUAGCCGUCUUAUGUUGUUCAGAAGCUUGGAAAAAUGUCUCAUUCCACGUUAUGAGAUACUAAGGAGUGUUCUUCGUGACGAUGGGGAAGUUGUUAGGGCUUUGAAAAAUGCCCCAUUUGGUUUUAUAUAUAGUGGCAUCACGAAACACAUGGUUCCGAACGUUGUGGUUCUGAGGCAAUGUGGUGUGCCCCAAGCUUCCAUCUCUUACCUGAUGAUGUAUGCUGGGACUCUAGCCUACCGGGAUCAUUCCAAAUUUGUGGAAGCUGUUAACACUGCCAAGGAAUUUGGGUUUAAUCCUUUGAGAACAAAUUUUAUUGUGGCUAUUGGAAUGCUUGUAACUAAGAGCAAAGAAGUGUGGGAAUCAAGGUUUGAGAUUUAUCAGAGGUGUGGAUGGAACCGCGAAAUGGCCCUUCGAGCAUUUAGAAAGUUUCCCAGUUUAAUGAAUUUUUCAGAGGCGACAUUUACUGGAAAGAUGAGUUUCCUAGUAAAGGAUAUGGGUUGGCCACCAGCAGCUAUUGCUGAAUAUCCUCAAGUUGUAGCGUACAACCUGGAGAAGAGGAUAAUACCUAGAUUCUCGGUAAUAAAAAUCUUGAAAUCAAAAGGUCUUCUUCAGAACAUGCACCUUAGUUCCAUUAUUUGCACAACUGAGGAAAAAUUCUUGAAGAAAUUUGUCAUCAAUUUUCAGAAAGCUUUGCCCCUCUUACCAGAUGUCUACACAGGUGUGAUCAAUCAUUCAAAUGUAAUGUAG